AUGGCCAUCAGUUCUGUCCUUACAUCUGACAACAUUGGAACUCCAUCAUCUUUAUCGUCAGAGAUCAAUUCUGACUCAAAUGAUAAACAAUCAUUGGGCAGUUUGGCUUCACCAGCAAUUUUCCACGAAAAUGAAACACGUCUAACAAUAAUAGCUCAACCAUAUUACGGUGGAAAAUUACGUUAUCGUUCUGAUUAUGAUAAAUGUCGAAAUCGUCUAGGCGUUCUUAAAAAUAGAAAUCCGCAAUCUAGCUAUCACGGCCCUGCUAUUUGUAUUCCAAAAUGUUUUUUGGAUUCAACUGUUGAACACUAUAUUCGUGUUGCUCUUGUAACAAUCCCAUAUAGUAAAACAAAUCUUCGCUAUUUUCAUCCGUAUGACAUUGAAAAUCCUCGAGAGCAGCAAACGAAAGAUACGAAUAAUAAUUCUGUUUGGUUUUCAAUUCAGGAUGAAGAUCGCCGUUCAGGUGUUAAAAGUUUUCCACUAUUACGCAUUGUGAAAAAAAUUGCAUCUGAUCUAAAGAAUAUCACUGGUUUGUGUGUAUUUGAUUGUCAAGAUCACAAUUUACAGAAUAGUUCUGUUCCGCAAUGUUCUCCUUCAAAAGAUCUAAAUAAAGAAUAUAAUCUUGAUAGAAGUCAAUUAGCAUUUACUGUUGGAAGAAAAAUGGCUGAUAAUGGCCGAGAUACGAUAGAGCUUAUCUUAGAGUCAACUGUUUUUUCCGAAGAAAUGGUAGAAGGUGGUGAUAUGGAAUCAUCUAUUGGCAGCAAUAUACAAUUAUCAACCGUAGAAUUAGAUCCAACAGUUAAUAAAUGUCAAGUCUAUAAGUAUGCACCUAAGCAUGGCUUUGAUGUAAGUAAUGAAGAUAUGGUUAUUUUUUUGACACGAAAACUCGAACCAAAAAAAUUUGGAGAGUUAACAAUAACAUUUGAAUGUAACUGGGACGAUCAGCGUUGGUCGGAACCUAUUAACAAUAUUGAUAUUAAAGAUCGAAUGAUAUCAUUCAAAACACCAAUUUUUCCAUAUGCAUGUGAUUUACCCCGUCCAGUUGAUGUUAUUUUAAAACAGCAUAAUCAUGUUUUAGCAACACUUAAGUAUUACUAUUUUUCAACAUUUAAUUCAUGUUCCAAAUGUCAACUGCUUGCUAUGAACAAUCAAAAUAGCGAAGUACCCAAUAUUUCUACAAAGCGUCCUAAUUUUCAUAUUGACCAUUCCUUGUUCGAAAAUGAUGCGAUGGUACCAACAGCAAUCAAUCGAGACGAAAGUUCUUUAUGUUUAUCAGUGCCGGAAUCAUCAAUACCAUAUGCUGCUACAUCGGAUGAUGGAUAUUUGCCAAUUACACGUACUGAUUCAACAGUAGAAGACGUCAACGAUACACUGAUAACUGCCUUAAAAAAAGCCUUUAUAUCAUUCUUUUCACGCAAUGAUAAUAAAUUUUUUUUGCGCCUGGGCCGCUCGUUUAUUGAAAAACAACCAGAAAUACUACAUGAUGCUCUUAAGAAUAAUCAAUCUAGCCAUUUAAUAGAAUUUAUUCAAGUGGCUCGUAUCGAUAUUCUUCAACAGAAAAAUGAACAUAAUGAAACUUUUGUGCUCCAUGCUGUACGUCUUAACCGUGUAGAUGUUAUUCAGGCUUUAUUAGAACGAAAAAACUCAGAAAAACUUAUCGACGACAUGGACGAGAAAAAGAAUAAUAUUUUUCAUUUCGUUGCAUUAUAUUCAAAGUCAUCAGAAAUACCUGAUUUAUUAAUUCAAUAUCUUCUCGAUAAAUCAAUACCUAUUCAAGCAAAGUUCGAUCAAUGUAAUCAAAAUCAUCAAACACCAUUACAACUAGCUAUUUGUGAAAAAAAUCUUUCGGUUACAAAAUCUAUUUUCAAACAUUUCAAUACCAAUGUGCAUCAAAAUAAAGAUCUAACGGGUGAUAAUCUUGUACAUCUUGCAGUCCGUAAGGGGGACUUGACCACGGUUAAAUAUUUGAUUGAAGAAGGCAAAUUACUUGAUCAAGGUAAUCAAUCCAAUUUGACGAUGAGCCCAAUCGAAUUAGCUAAAUCACUUAAACACGAUGAUAUAGUCAAAUAUUUAAAUGAAAAAUAUGAAAUCGACGCUGAUGACGCUGAUGACGACGAUAGUUCAGAUAGUGCUUAA